AUGCUUUUGAACACUUUAUAUAAAUUUGUAUCUUUUAUAAAUUUUUUGCAUAAAAUUAAUUAAAAAAUAUAAAUUUUCUAAGUCUCUUUUAAUUAGUUAAUUGAUUUUUCUAAUGUCGUAAUUAAUUUUGAUGAUUUAUUGUAACUAUUUUAAAUUGUUUUUUUCAGCAACCUAACUGAUAUAGCAGAAUAAUAUAACCUCCACUUGAAUAAAUUAUAAAAAAUUUAAGAAUCAUCAAAGGUCCCUUUGGUUUAUAUCGAGGAGCUCUCAAUCUUCUACUGCCCAAUAAAAGAAAAAGGAAAUAUCCUCAAAGCAAAAAAAUGUGGGUUCAAAUGCGGAAGUGAAUGGUUUAGCUUUUUAGAAGAAUCUCUGUAUUUAUUUUAAAUUGGUUCUGCUUCGUUAUACUUCAAGAAAAAGUAAGUAGAGAAUAGUGAUGUUCAUGAUUACUUUAAAAUAUUAUUAGAUAAUGAACCUGUUACGGAAAAAUUAUUAUCAGAUGAAUCAAAAAUAUAUGAAAAGUUGUCUGUAUUUUAUUAGGUAUUUUCUAAAAUAAAAUUCGAUUAAGUGUAUAACUCUAUGAUGGUCUUUUAAGUAUACACAGAUAUAAGAUAAUAAGGUAAGUUUGCAUAGAGAGUGAACCAAGAUUUAGAAAUAAAGUAGAUACUUAACUAAAUAAACAUAGGCUAAAAGCAUUUACACAGCGAAUUAUAAGAAUCGAAAAAUGAAACUCUAACAAAAUUAAAUAAUCUAGCUUAGAAUAUGCCUAUAUUCACUAUAUUUAACUCAUAAAAUGACUUUCAAGCAUAGCUUUGCACAUACUACUUGAUGAUUAAAGAUGUAAAUAGCUCUAACUUAACUGGUAAGGAUUUCAGUGAAAUAAAUUAUUUAGCUGAAAAAAUAAAGCUUAAAAUGGCAAUAGUUGAUAACUCAUCAAUUUCUAUGAUAGAAUUCCACCAUAUUAAAUGA